GUAUACCCUAAACUGGACAUCACCAACGUAGUGGAGGCCAGCGACGAGGUGACCAUUGACGGCUGGUGUAAGAAGGGACAUAAGACAUGCAAGCACCACAGCUCACACAAAGUGCGGCCAUUCAAGUGUCUGGUCGGCAAGUUCGUGAGCGACGCCCUGCUUGUUCCCGAGCACUGCGUGUUUCAGCACAUUCGCGUGAAGGAAAAGUGUCUGACCUUCAACGACUGGACCUAUGAGGCGAACAGCUGGUGCGAGGAGAAGGGCAUGCAGCGCCAGAGUUCCGCCAUGUUGUUGCCGUGUGGCAUCGAUGUGUUUACUGGAGUGGAGUUCGUGUGCUGUCCUAAAGAUAAUAAAGAGGUGGUAACACACAAGGCAGCAGUGCCCGCAGAGAAAGAGAUCCCAAUCACCGCCGAGCCAACAAAACCUCCUCAGAAAGAAAAAGUCAAGGACAAAAAACCCAAGGACGACUACUUAGCCAAGUACCUCCACCAGGGACGUCUGGGCGAGUACUUUGAUGAGCAUGAACACUUCAAACUGGCACAGAAGAAGAUGAGGACUGUCCAUCAAGACAAGAUCACCGUGUUGAUGAAAGAGUGGAACGCGGCGCGGGCGCGUGUUGUGGAACUUAGCGCCAAGGAUCCCAAGGGAGCCGAGAAGAUGAAGAAGGAAAUAACAGAGCGUUUUGAAAAGACAUACCAGGCCCUUGAAAAUGAGAACUUGGGAGAGAAACGUGAGCUAGAGGCUGUCCACGAGCAACAUGUGCAGACAAACUUCAACACCAAGAAGCGCAUGACAAUUGACAAAUACCUGAAGGCCCUGCAGAGGGAUAUCCCAGAUGGAGCAGAGAUCUUGGAGGCUUUGGAACAUUUCAUCCGUGCGGAGGAGAAAGACCGCAUGCACACAAUGAGACACUACAAACACCUGCGCGAACGCGACCCAGAGGAGGCUAAUCGUGUGCGUGACCACCUCAAGCAGCACCUGAGCCAGACAAACCUCCGUGUUAACCAGAGCAUUGCCAUGCUGGAUCGUGUGCCUGCCCUCGCCAGCAAGAUAAAGGCCAGAAUUGCUGACUUCAUGAAAACAUAUGCCAGAAUGGACAAGGCUUUGGACAAAAUAAUGGAGGAGCCAGUCCCGGCCAAGGUGGACCUGGUGGAAAAAUACAAGGAGAAGUUUGCCAAAGACCAUCCUGUGCAGACAGACCAGCCUAAACUGACUGUGAAGACUGAGGUGGAAGAGCCAGCCCAGAAAAAGACUGCCAAGAAAACGAAGCCAGUGCACAUUGAGGAGCACGUGGUGAAGUUUGACGACGAAGUGAUGGAGAAUGAGCACGCAUACGGGAAGCAGAGCGCCCAGGUCAUAGGACUGAUGCAGGCUAACAAGGGGGUCGCUGCUGAAGUGAAUCAGCCUGUUGUGAGCAAAAUGAAAAGCACCAGCACAUUCUCCUCUGUCGGUAUCGCCAUGGGCUGCAUCGCCGUCUUGGUCAUCAUUUUGGUCGCCAUUGCAGUAGGAAAGAAGAGAGCACAGCGCACCCCAGUGAAUCACGGCUUCGUAGAAAUCGAUCAGCAGACGCCAGAAGAGAGACACGUUGCCGCCAUGCAGAUGAACGGCUAUGAGAACCCCACUUACAGAUAUUUCGAACAGCCACAAAAUUGCUAAAUUCCUGGACUUAGAUUAGGAUUUUAUUUACCAAAAUUCACCUAUUAGUGAAAAUUGUGCUUGCAAUUUAAUGGGAUUUUUUUGUACUUUUUUCAUUGGAGUAAAAGUUGAUUGUUACAUGACAAAUUGCAUUUAAGAUGGCCACAGUGAAAGAAGAUCAUUCACUUGAAUUGAAAGCACAAUUUGAAACAAACAGACCUCACUUCAUUUUGGUACUAAGCCUUUAAGCCACUUACGAUCAAAACAUAAGACUUGGCUCUCAGCAACAUCUUUAGAAAUAAGUUAAGAAUUAAUAUGUCAGUAAAGCAUUACAGUUUACAGACAGUUUUUAUUUUCUAUCUAUGUCACUGGGCCUGAUGUAGUGAUUGAUUAUACGAAGGGUCAAUUUAAAAGUGACUAGAAUUAUGAUUAAUUUUUUAUCAAAAAUGUGGCAUUAAGGGAGUUGUUAAAUGAGAAAAAAAAUAGAGAAGUUGAAGGAAAAAAAAAAAGAUCAUUCCAAAAUGACAUGGUUUAACUUAUGCCAUAGAGAGGAAGCGGCAGACUGUGGGUUUUGCUGAUGGCAACUGAAGCAGAGAUUUGUGAAAAGAUAUUGAAUGAACCUGGGAGUUGCUUUAAUAUUAUCAAAACUAUAUCAGGAGGAUAAUUUGAGCACUAGCAUCGCAGUAUUUCCCAGGUUAACAUGGGCUCCAGGGUGUAGCAGCAACCUUGGCUGUUUAACUGUACAUAUAUAUAUUUAAUGGUAUCUGUGCACACCACUUAUAAGUAAACUGUAUAUGUUAUCUCCCAGUAGAUAUCAUCGGACCAAUCCUAACAUGUAAGUGUAGUAACCUGUUAAUCUGCAAGCUUCAUAUUACAGCCAUUAUACAUUAGCCCGUU